CUCAGUCAGCACAACCCUCUCUGACUCCACCUGAAGACAGACGAGACAACAGCUCAGCUCAGAGUCUCCGCUGCCAACAAAGAGGACGACAUGGUGUCAAUGAAACUUGCAGUGACAGUGUUCACGCUGCUCGCAGUGUGUCUGCUGGCCACAGAUGCGUCUUCAGUGUAUCAUGGAUGUUGCCGAAGUUACACGAAAACCAAAAUACCAUUUAUUAAAAUCAAAGGGUAUUCGCUCCAGACCACCACAGAGCAUUGUCCCAUCAGUGCCAUCAUUUUCAUCACAAAGAAGGGCAAAGCCUGCACCAAUCCUGCUCUCUUGUGGGUGAUGGACUAUGUCAACCGUUUAAGGAAUAAAGCACAAAUGGUUCACAACAAGACCUCCCUCGAACAUGAGUGAAGUUAUUCUGCUUUUCGAAGAAGAGACCAAACUUCAGCUUCACCUGUUAUCCAGUAACCAAUGAUGUUUCACAGUUUAAUAAUUCAGCAGACUCCUGUUUGAAGAUGGUUCAACAACUGGAACUUGUCACGCAAUAUAGGCAUCAGCUCAGUUGUAAGAGCAUUGCAUAGAAGUAUUUUUGUAUUCUUUGUUUUUCUAAAAUGUUGUAUUUGUACAUGUUGUAAUAUAGACUCAUUAAAGUUUUGUAUAAA